AUGGUAGUGAUGGUCGUUGUUGCUUCCUACAUCCUCAGAUAUGACGGCCAUACUGUACUUUCGGUGGAUCGAGUUUUGUCCAAGAGAGUUCUGCAAAGCUCCCCAAACACUACAUGGGACUGGAGUCAGCGGAGGCCGGAUUACCCUAUCAGCACAUACCAACUGCUGCCAGCCGGGAAGCCACGACAACUUCCUCAAGUGCAAGCUACGUUCGAUUCCGGAACCACUAAUGAAGGCAUGAAGUGGCUUCAUCGUCGCCGACAGGUGAAAGCCGUGUUCGAGCGCUGCUGGUCCUCUUACCGAACUCGCGCAUGGCCGUAUGAUGAGCUUUAUCCGAUCUCUGGCGGCGGUCAUGAUACUUUCGGCGGCUGGGCUGCAACUCUAGUCGACUCUCUUGAUACGUUGUGGAUUAUGGAUAUGAAGGAGGAUUUCGCGACUGCCGUUCUGGACGCUGGUCGUAUUGACUUCUCGAACUCGACAGACGAAAUCAUAAGCAUCUUUGAAACCACGAUAAGAUAUCUGGGGGGAUUCCUGUCAGCAUACGACCUCAGUGGCAACGCCGUUCUCCUACGGAAAGCGGUCGAGGUUGGCAAUAUGCUCCUUGUGGCAUUCGAUACUCCCAAUCACAUGCCGAUUGCCAAGUGGGACUGGAGAGCAGCUAAAGAGCACUACCAACCACAAGUUGCGCCUGUCUCGGCACUAAUUUCUGAGCUGGGCUCGCUCUCACUCGAGUUCACGCGCUUGAGCCAAAUUACCGGCGACGUGCGCUGGUACGAUGCCAUAGCACGAGUCACAAAUCUCUUUCUAGCACAACAGAAUGCGACGAAGCUCCCAGGCAUGUGGCCGAUCUCUGUCAAUGUUCGGGAUGAGGAUCUGACAUCGGAUUAUACUUUCACUCUCGGGGCAAUGUCUGAUUCAUGUUACGAGUACUUUCCUAAAAUGUAUGCUCUACUUGGUGGGCUCGAAUCAGCAUAUCAACAACUGUAUACCGGGUCGAUGGCUGUCGCGAUGGAGCGGAUGUUCUUCAGACCUAUGACGCCAGGCAACGCUGAUAUUCUCCUGUCAGGUGACUUGUUCGCCAAAGACAAUGGGACAGUUGACCUCGAUCCUCGCCAGCAGCACCUCACUUGCUUCAGCGGCGGCAUGUUAGGUUUAGGUGGUCGCCUCUUCAACAUGCCCGACCUUUUUACCGUCGGCAGAAAGUUGACUGAUGGGUGUGUCUGGGCAUAUCAAGCGAUGCCGUGGCGAGUAAUGCCAGACAGCGCCCGCUUCGUACCCUGCGAGCCCAAUAGCGAAUGCAAUUGGGCCCGGGAAGCAUGGCUUGCGGAGGUACUCAAGCGCAAUGAGUCGUCCGACAAUGCAACCGAGAGUGCUCGCGCCCAGAACCUCCCUGAAGGCUUCACGCAGAUCGACGAUCCAAAGUACCGCCUCCGGCCAGAAGCGAUUGAGUCCAUGUUCGUGAUGUAUCGCAUCACAGGCGAUGUUUCAUACCGCGACAAAGCAUGGGAAAUGUUCCAGGCAAUUGAUUCGGUCACCCGGACAGAACUGGCGAAUGCCGAGCUGGUCGAUGUGACUACUCCGGGUACGCCCAUCAAAGAUGAUCGCAUGGAGAGCUUCUGGCUGGCCGAGACGCUGAAGUACUUCUACUUGAUAUUCAGUGAUGAGAUGCCGUUGCACGUCACCAUAAUGUCAGAGAAGCUGCGUCUCUGGGAGCACUGGCCAGGGAAGGAGUAA